GUUUUGCUGUUGAAAGUUUCGUCAUUAAAAGUGGACCGUCGCUCGUGAAGUGACGUGUGGAACGUGUUCGCCAUAAUGAUAAUAAACCGUGAACACAAAGCUAUAAUAAAGCACAUUAAGCUUUGUCUGUGAAAUACUGGUCGAUAAAUUGAUUUUCACCUUGAAUUGAUCAAGUCUGAACUAAUAUCCGGUGGAAACAAGACUUUGUAAAAACGAAAAGGAAGUGAGCGGGACAACAAGGCUGUGCUAUGGCGUCAGCAUCUGCCAGUGUGGACUCCAAGGCAGAGCUGACUGCUCUACUUGAACAAUGGGAGAGGGAGCAACAGGGCAGCACACAGGAGCUUGUUAACAUCCUCACCAAAAUCUCAGAACUUGUUGAGAAAGAGACUGAAGAAUACCACAAAGCCGAUCCAGACCCUUUUGAUGAUCGACAUCCUGGGAGAGCUGAUCCAGAAUGUGUGUUAGGGCACCUGCUGAAGAUCCUGUUUAAGAAUGACGACUUUAUGAACACACUGGUGAACAGCUAUGUGAUGACAAGCAGGGAAUUUUCCCUCAAUGCAGCGGCUUGUCGCCUGCUCCAGAACAUCAUGCCUGGGCUGGAGACAGCUGUAGUCUUUCAGGAGAAGGAAGGCAUAGUGGAACGGCUGUUUAAGUGGGCUCAGGAGGCCGAGCAGCCCCUCAGGAUCUACGCCACUGGCUUGUUAGCCGGAGCCAUGGAGAACCAGGACAUUGCAGCCAACUACAGAGAGGAGAACUCUGUUUUGGUGCCUUUGAUGCUGCAUCGUUUGCGUGAGCUUCAGGAUAAGGACGCUGAGAACAAAAGGGAAAUCAAACGGCCGAGUCCCAGGAAGACACUGGGAGAGCCUUUGUUGCCUCUGGAUGAGGAGACUGUUGACGGAGGCUUUGAAGAUAAGCCGUUUACACUGGGCAGAAACGGAGCAGAAAGGGACGGGGCGGGACCAGAGGAGGAAGGCGACAUAUCCCUCUCAACCAUUGAACCUGAAAACGAGCUCUCGUUCCGUCUCAAUUCUCCCCAUAAGACCAGCAGCCGUGCCAACUCGGCCGUUAAAACCAUGAUGAAGCCCAUGUCUGCCCCUGGUUCACUGACUCAGCUAGGCAUGUCUGAUGGCAGCAGUUACCUGAGAAGGAGGGUAGACAGGGACAUCGGAAGGAUCUCCAAACAGAAGCUGAAUUUCUCUUUGCCAGAUCCAGAAAGGAACUUUAGUGAGCUUUCAAACAGCAGCUGGUCUGAGAUGAGUCCCUGGGUGAUCGGCAACAACUAUCAUUUGUACCCUCUGACCCCAGAGAUCGAGCAGAGGCUCAUCCUUCAGUAUCUCACCCCUCUGGGAGAAUAUCAGGAGCUGCUGGCAGUGUUCAUGCAGAUGGGAGCUCGUGAGCUUCUCAUGCAUUAUAUGGAUCUAAAACAGACCAACGAUGUGCAGCUCACCUUUGAAGCUCUCAAGUACUUGGCUUCUCUGCUGUUGCACAAGAAGUUUGCUGCAGAGUUUGUGGCUCAUGGAGGAGUUCAGAAGUUGCUGGAAAUCCCCAGGCCAUCAAUGGCAGCUACUGGCGUGUCACUGUGCCUCUACUACCUUGCCUAUAACCAGGACGCCAUGGAGAGGGUGUGCAUGUUGCCACACUCCAUCCUGUCAGAUGUGGUUGGUUACACACUGUGGCUGCUGGAGUGCUCACAUGCGUCCGGCUGCUGCCACGCCACCAUGUUCUUCUCCAUCUCUUUUUCCUUUCGUGCCGUCCUGGAGCUUUUUGACAAGCAGGACGGGCUCCGACGCCUCGUCAAUCUGAUUAGCACACUGGAGAUCCUGAACCCUGAGGACCAGGGAGCUCUGCUGAGUGAUGAUGAGAUUUUCUCCAGCAGACAGACAGCCAAGCACACCUGCAUGGCCCUGCGAAGAUACUUUGAGGCCCAUCUGGCAAUCAAGGUUGAGCAGGUGAAGCAGUCCCUGCAGCGCACAGAGGGGGGCGCCCCCAUUCACUCCCAGCCCUACUAUAAGGCGGUCAGCUACAGCCGUGAGCAGGUGGUGGAAAUGAUGGAGUUUCUUAUAGAGUAUGGCCCACUCCGGCUGUACUGGGAACCAGCGGAGGUCUUUCACAAGCUGUCAUGUGUUCAGCUCCUCCUGCAGCUCAUUUCCAUCGCCUGUGACUGGAGGACCUACUAUGGCAGGAGCGAUACAGUGCGUUAUGCCCUUGACAUCCUGAGUAUCCUCACAGUAGUUCCAAAGACCCAGCUGUUGUUGUCCGAGGCUGUCGCUGUCCUCGAUGAGGGAGGAUCCAGUGUUUCCACUGUCGGAAUGAGUAUCGUCCUGGCAGUGGCGGAAGGAGAGGUGUUUGUAAAUGAUGCCGAGAUUCAGAAGUCGGCUCUGCAGGUCGCCAUCAACUGCGUCUGUGCUCCAGACAAACGCAUGUCCAGCAUUGGCAAGUUCAUUGCAGGAACCCCCCGCCGGCGCCUUCCUCAGCAGACCAAAGCCAGUGAGAGCGUGCUCAGUAAAAUGUGGAACGUGGUGCAAUCUAACAAUGGCAUCAAGGUGCUGCUAUCUCUGCUGACAGUGAAGAUGCCCAUUACAGAUGCAGAUCAGAUCCGAGCUCUGGCCUGUAAGGCUCUGGUGGGUCUGUCUCGCUCCAGCUCCGUCAGACAGAUCAUCAGCAAGCUGCCUUUGUUCAGCAGCGGACACAUCCAACAGCUCAUGAAGGAGCCUGUGCUCCAGGACAAACGCAGUGAACACGUCAAGUUCAGCAAGUUUGCGGCUGAGCUGAUAGAACGGAUCUCUGGGAAACCGCUGAUGAUCGGAACGGAUGUGUCUCUGGCGUGGCUGCAGAGGGCCAGCGUGGUGGCUCAGUCCAGGAUCAGCUUCCCUGAGAAAGAGCUGCUGCUGCUUAUUAGAAACCACCUCGUUGCAAAAGGCCUUCAUGACACCGCUACCACGCUCACCAAGGAGGCAGAACUGCCAAUGUCUUGUCUGUCUCAUUCAGCUCAUUCCACUUGUGCUUUCCCUCCCGUUGCUCCUCCCCUGCCUGCCUCCCCUGUUGCGACUCUCCCCCGUACCCCACGGCUGGCGAACGGCGUCAGCUCAAGACUCGGAAACCAUCCCCCACAUUCAUCGACCCCAGGAUCAAGCAAUCCACCAACACGUCCCUGUCCAUCACAAACCACCGUAUGUUCUUCCUCUACUGCUUUUCCCUCAACGUCUGUCCCCCUCUGUAGCAACGGCUCACCCCUGAUUGGACGCAUCGUUUUCUCUCGUGAACGGCAAAUGGGGUGCAGUGCUGUAAAUUGUAAGAAACCUCGAGUGCUGAGGCAGAAGUCUGACCACGGUGCCUUCAGCCAGAGUCCAGCCAUGAAGAAGCAGUUUGACAGACACCUGCCAUCCCCACCUGCACUAGACAGCAUCAUCACAGAGUACCUGAGGGAGCAGCACGCACGCUGUAAAAACCCUGUGGCAACAUGCCCGCCUUUCUCUCUCUUCACCCCGCAUCAAUGCCCAGAGCCCAAACAGAGACGUCAAGCCCCCAUCAACUUCACGUCCCGACACACACGGAGGGUAAUUUAUCCCAAAUAUGGAGGAGUGGAUGGAGGCUGCUUUGACAGACAUCUCAUCUUCAGCAGGUUUCGUCCUAUUUCCGUGUUCAGGGAGGCAGACGAGGACGAGAGUGGAUUCAUGUGUUGUGCCUUCUCUGCUCGCGAGCGCUUCCUGAUGCUCGGCACGUGCACAGGGCAGCUCAAACUCUACAAUGUGUUUACAGGCCAGGAGGAGGCCAGCUACAGCUGUCACAGCUCUGCCAUCACUCACCUGGAGCCGUCCCGGGAUGGCUCUCUGCUCUUAACGUCCGCCUCUUGGAGUUACCCUCUGUCUGCACUGUGGGGCAUGAAAUCAGUCUUCAUCAUGAAGCACUCCUUUCUGGGCGACCACUAUGUGGAGUUCAGUAAGCUCUCACAGGAUCGUGUGAUCGGGACUAAAGAGCAUGUAGCACGUAUUUACGACAUUCAGACGGGUCAGGUGACUCUGACUCUAAACAACCCAGACCUGGCAAACAAUUACAAGCGAAACUGUGCCACCUUCAACCCCACAGAUGACCUGGUGCUGAAUGACGGCGUGCUGUGGGAUGUUCGCACGGCUCAGGCCAUCCACAAGUUUGACAAGUUCAACAUGAACAUCAGCGGCGUUUUCCACCCUAACAGCCUGGAGGUCAUCAUCAAUACAGAGAUUUGGGAUCUGCGCACCUUCCACCUCCUGCACACAGUUCCAGCCCUGGACCAGUGCAGGAUAGUCUUCAACAACAACGGCACCGUCAUCUAUGGAGCAAUGUUGCAGGCGGACGAUGAAGACGACAUGAUGGAGAUGCAGAUGAAAAGUCCUUUUGGUUCAUCAUUCAGGACCUUCAAUGCCACAGACUACAAACCAAUAGCUACAAUUGAUGUCAAGAGGAACAUAUUUGACCUCUGCACUGAUACCAAAGACUGCUACCUUGCUGUGAUUGAGAACCAAGACUCUGUGAACACUGACACAGUGUGCAGGCUGUAUGAAGUUGGCCGGCAGAGGCUAGCAGAGGAAGAGGAGGAGGAUGAGGAGGAUCAGGAGGAUGACGAUCAGGAAGAAGACGACGAUGAUGACGACGAUUCAGACGAUGACGUCGAUACGGAUCCCCUCAUCGCAGAGCUAGAGAACGAGAACGGUGGCGAGGACGAAGACGACGAAGAAGAGGACGAUGGGAAUGAUGAGUUGUCUCCCUCUGACGAAGAGGUGGCGCGUCUUCUCGAGGACGAUGUGGACGCCGGCGAAGACGACGAUGAGGAAGACAAUGACGAGGAUGACUCUGAUAAUGACGAUGUCGAUCUGGAUGUGGACAACGACAGCUCCGACAACUCUGACCUUGAGGAUGACAUCAUAUUAUCCCUGAACGAGUGAGGUGCCAUCCACGCCUGGGAGCAAGUGAAAAACUGGGCAGCAUGUCAAGACUUGUGCCUCAUAGACAUUUGAGCUGCAGGCCAGGAGGCUAGAAAGAGGAGGAUAAGAUCAGCAGAUAAGGUGGGAGAUAACUUGGAUCACUGCCUGUUUGAAACAGUAGGUGUCUGCACUCUGAGUGACAGAGCCAAGAAAGAAUAAUCUCAUAGAGAAGAGAGGGAGGGGUACAAAUUGAGUAAUUGGCGGGCGAAAUGAUUGUAUUUGAUAUCUUCUUUUUUUUCCCUUUUCUUUUUUUUAAGAAAGUUGAGCUUGAUGAUGAGCCAAAUGGCUAGUGCCCCCGGGGAAAGUUUUCUAUUUUAGCAUAUUACUAGCUCCCUAAACGAGCCUCUUGAUUUGAUAUCGAUUCACACACUUUAUAAGCCUCUGUUUGGUCACAGAUUAGUAUGUGUUGGGGAAAGGCUUACAUUUGCAGGGCUGUGCGUCUGCAUUUGUUUAGCAAGGGAUACAAUGCUCUCUGAAGCUUGUAUUUUACGAGACCACCAAAAAGUACUCAAGUAUUUAAUCAGGCAGCUAAUUUAAUGCACAAACACUUUUCACACCGUUCAAAAGGUGUCAUACAUAUCUUCAAAUAUUACACUCACCAUAAACCUUUGACCAAAAUGCCAAAAAAACAGCAGUGCCAUUUGUGAACAUCACCUCCAGAUCUCAUUGUGUAAAUAAGGAAUUCAAGUGGGCUUUGAGCUCAUUUGAAGAAGACUAGUGUGGACACUGUAACUGUUGACACACCUGCUCAGUAUCAGCACAUGAUGGACAUUUACAGGCUUCCACAGUUCUCUACCAGAGAGUUAUGUUACAUCCCUUUAUUCAGUCAAGGAUUUGAGUUUAGAAGAAGUGUCUUGACACAAUAACAGUCCAAUGAUAACAUACAUUUGACCUACCUAAAAGGUAAAAAAAACAAAAAAAACUGAGGAUUUGAGGGUUCAGGGUAGAUAAUAUAGAAAACAUCAUCCCUUUGAAUAUGAAAUGAUCCACCUGAAUUACUAAAAAGAGAAUUAGAAACAUUGGAUGUGAAAGAUGUUGGUGAAAUUUCAGAAAAUAUUUCAAACGUAUUUUUUUCUCUGAUAGAGUAUCCGCAGGUUUCAAACUCGACAACAUUGUGAAAAGAAAUGCCUUGUAGUUGCACACUUUUUGCAAGUAGUGCUAAGAUUGAAUGAUUUUUGCCUUGUAUCUCUUCAUUUUGUGCGUUUUCUUUUUCAUAAGAAGACUGAAGUUGACUUUCUUGAGACAGGUUAUGUACAGCUUGUAUGUAUCUAAAGUAUUUUUACUAUAAAUAAAGCUACAAACAUA